AUGGCAUGACGUCUCUGUCAAGCUUGACAUACAUUUAAUCAACAAAUAAAGUUAUAGUUUGAAACAGUGAAAAGCUGAAAGAAAACCAUGAAGUUUGCAGAACAUCUUUCGGCGCAUAUAACUCCUGAAUGGAGGAAACAGUACAUAAAUUAUGAGGAAAUGAAGUCAAUGCUUUAUGCUGCUGUCGAACAAGCACCGUCUGCAGAACUAGUCGAACCCGAAAUUUUAACAAGAUAUUUUGCAAAAUUUGACGAGCAAUUUUUCUCUUUUUGUGAUAAGGAGUUGACAAAAAUAAAUACUUUUUAUUCAGAAAAGUUAGCCGAAGCCACGAGACGAUACGCAAAUUUGAAAAGCGAAUUAAGCGAAACGCAAGAAUUUACAUUUCAAAAAAGCAAUUCCGUUAGAAAGAAUUUACUGCAUAAGAAAAAUGUACCUGCUAGAAAACUCCAAGAGAUCAAGUUAGCGUUUAGCGAAUUCUAUUUGAGUUUAAUACUGAUGCAAAAUUAUCAGAAUCUAAAUUUUACGGGUUUUAGGAAAAUUUUAAAGAAACAUGACAAGUUGUUGAGCACUGACUACGGAGCAAGAUGGAGGGUAGAACACGUGGAAGGUUCAUUCUUUUAUUUAAAUAAAGACAUCGAUCGACUUAUUAAUGAAACGGAAACGGCAUUUACUCAAGAACUUGAAGGUGGAGACCGGCAAAGGGCGAUGAAACGUUUGAGGGUACCACCUCUAGGUGAACAUCAAAGUCCUUGGACGACUUUCAAAGUGGGUCUCUUUUCGGGAGCGUUUAUCGUCCUGCUUAUAUCGGUGGUUCUAACAGGUGUUUUUCACGACAGACCAGACUGGAUUAUAGUCAUAAGACUCUACAGAGGUCCGUUUCUUAUAGUAGAAUUUCUAUUCCUAUGGGGCAUAAAUAUAUACGGAUGGAGAUCGUCUGGUGUCAACCACGUCUUGAUAUUCGAAAUGGACCCGAGAAACCAUCUAUCAGAACAGCACAUCAUUGAAAUGGCCGCCAUUUUCGGAGUACUAUGGUCAAUUUCUGUUUUGACGUUUCUAUACAGUGAUCAAUUAAGCAUACCAGCUUAUGCUAACCCGUUGGCGCUUAUGAUAGUUAUGUUUUUGUUUAUAUUCAAUCCGACGAAAACUUUUAGACAUGAAGCGAGAUUUUGGGCAUUACGAGUUAUGGGCAAAGUAUUCAUGGCUCCAUUCUGUUACGUAUCGUUCGCUGAUUUUUGGGUAGCAGAUCAGUUGAAUAGCCUGAUUACACUUUUUACCGAUAUGCAGUACUUCCUUUGCUUUUAUUUAACCAAUCCCGGCUGGUCACUUGGUGUAGAUGCUGAUUACUGUAUAGCCAACUUUUUGACUUUAAGAGCUUUUGUAGCAUGUCUUCCUCCAUGGUUCAGAUUCGCCCAAUGUUUGAGACGAUACAGGGAUACAAAAGAGAAGUUCCCUCAUAUUGCAAAUGCUGUUAAAUAUGGAACGUCGUUUUUUGUUGUAAUAUUUUCUUUUUUGAACAAAGCAUUUGAUGAAAAAUUUGUAUCUGGAGAAAAUCCAUUUUUUUAUUUAUGGAUUGGAUCGUCCUUGAUCAGCUCCUGUUAUGCAUACACGUGGGAUAUCAAGCUUGAUUGGGGACUAUUUGAUGCUAAAGCCGGUGAUAACAAGUUUCUUCGAGAAGAAAUUGUAUAUUCCUCUACGCGAUUUUAUUACUUCGCUAUAGUUGAAGAUUUCGUCUUGAGAUUCGGAUGGGCAUUUUUGAUAUCGAUGACUGAAAUGGGAUAUGCACUAGAACAUUCGAUGGUCACUGUAUUAGCUCCUCUUGAAGUAUUCAGACGAUUCAUUUGGAAUUAUUUCCGUUUGGAAAACGAACAUCUAAAUAACUGCGGUAAAUUCAGAGCGGUGAGAGAUAUAUCAGUAGCUCCUUUGGAUACAUCAGAUCAAAUGUUAAUAGUAAGAAUGAUGGACGAACCGGAUGGUGUUAUAAAUAGAAGAAAGAAGAAAAAUGCUAAUAAGAAGCAAACAUCGGCUACUAGAUUGAUAACGGAAGGGGAAUCGACUGAUGAUAUGGAUAAUUGAUUGUUAUUGGUAUAAAAACUUAUUCUUUCGUUUUUAAUGUAAAAAAAGUUAAUUUUAUGUUUAUUUAAAUAAAUUUAUAUAUUUUAAUACCUAUGGAUGUACCUGCACUUAUUUUUUUUAAU